GUGUCUGGGGCAUCAAUCCUACAAGUUGUGUUGCAGUGAAAUAACAGAAGUUAGACUACUGUAUGAAAUGAUUUAUUUACUAUAUAUUAUUGUGAAAGACUUUUUCCGGCUGAUACGGUAAACGUACCGUGUAGUUUUACCAUUUGUUUGACCAAUGACAUGUGGAGCCUUCCGUAUCCUGUGUCAUAAGCAGCUGGUUGGAGAAAAACAGACGAUUUUGGCUUGAAAUAAAGAACAAACCUCGCAACGCAAACAGACAACGCAAACAGGUACCACCACCGCCCCGCUGUGACUGAAGCACCGCCGCGUGGAGCGUCACUCCUCUAACGUUAUGUCCAACAACAAACACGUGCUUUACAUUUGUGCUUUUAUGUAAUCUGGGAUUUUUAGCAAACUAGACGCAUGUUGCACGUCGUUUCGUUCCCGAAGUGGUUACACUGAGUUUGUAACAUAAAGGUUUACAAGUGAAAUCUGAUUGUGGACCUUGUUAGCGCCUGCUACCAUGCUAGCUGUUUGUUAGCUAGCUUAAUCCAGACUGAAUCAAGGCUUGAAGCAGUAAACAAUCACCGCCACAACAACAAUGGAGUACGCUGUGAUGAAGAAGCAACACUACUGGGAUGUGGAGGAAACUGAGAUCUUUUUACAAAUCCUAAAAGAGCUGGACAUUAAAGCGUGUUUGGACGGUAGGAAAGUGAGGAACGGUGGAGUGUUUAGGAUGGCCCAGAGGAGGAUGGCAGCAGCUGGUUUUGACAGGACGGCCGAGCAGUUAAGGGUCCGCUGGAAAUUUCUGAAAAAAUGUUAUUACAAGUCCCAGCAGGGCCCCAGCAAUGAAGCCAAAAUCCAGGGUUGGUUGCGCUAUGAAAAGGCAAUGGUGUCUAUUUUGGAGUCCAAACAGUCUAUGGUCGACUCCAGUGUGAACUGUGAGGGCACUGAUGACAUGGUGGAGGACUCUGAUGGAGAUCAUGAUGGAGACUCAAUGCUGCCUCUGCCAGAGGCUUUUACACAGCCGCUUCAGGACAGUUCUACACUGAACCUGGAAUUAAUUAUUAAAAUGGACCCUGAAACAGACGCUCAUCUAAGGAUUGGUUUCAUUGGGGCAGGAAACAUGGCUUUUGGCAUUGCAAAGGGCAUCAUAUCAGGAAAUGUUUUGCCUGCAAACAUUAAAGUCAGCGCACCAUCUAAGAGAAACUUUGGCCGGUUUCAGGAAAUUGGAAUUGCCGGCACAAAUUCUAACGUUGAGCUGGUGUGCGGUUCUGAUAUUGUUUUUGUGGCAGUCAAACCUCACUUGGUUCGAGAAGUCCUUAAUGGGAUCUCGCCAUAUAUCACAGACAGACAUAUUGUUGUGUCUGUAGCGGCCGGAGUAACACUGGAAACACUGCAAGAGCUUUUGCCUGAAAACACAUCCGUCAUUCGUCUGAUGCCAAACCUCCCAUGCAUUGUACAGGAAGGGGCUUUACUCUUCACUCGAGGGUCUUGUGCUAAACCAGCUGAUGGAGCACUUCUUCGCUCCCUGUUGCAGCAUUGUGGUUUGGUGGAGGAGGGACCAGAGGCAUGGCUUGACAUCCACACAGGACUCAGUGGGAGCGGAGUUGCCUUUGUUUAUCUGUUUGCUGAAGCUCUAGCUGAAGGAGCCAUUAAAAUGGGAAUGCCAAGUUCUCUGGCCCACACAAUCGCCUCUCAGACAGUUCUGGGUGCAGGGCGAGUGUUGCGGGACUCAGGAAAGCAUCCGGCGCAGUUGCGUUCCGAGGUCUGCACACCCGGAGGAACAACCAUUUAUGGGCUGCACACGCUGGAGCAGGGUGGUGUAAGAGCAUCAACAAUGAGUGCGGUGGAGUCUGCGACUGAAAGAGCCCGGCAGCUGGGCCAGAAGUCCACAACCAGGAAGUGAUUGUUGUUUUCAUUACAGCCUAACCACAUGGACAACUAUCAUUAUUUCAUAUUUAUCAUCAACCCUACAUGCUGUGUAUUGUAGGUUGUUUUAAGACUUGUAUUAUAGGUCAAAAGUUGUAUUAUGUUCUUGAAAAUGCAGCUCUUUGACAAUUGCCUUACAAUUCAAAAUAUUGCCUUGCUAGACUUUGGGAAAGUAGUGAUUCUGCAAGUUACUCGAAUAUGUGAAGGUGACACCUGUGAUGUUGAGAUGCAUUCCAUUUCAUGCAUAUGUCUUAAUACAAACCAAGUCAGGAAUUGUUUAUGAAUUAAGCUCUUUCUUAUUUACAUUUAUUUAAAGAUGCACUGUGUAACUUUCUGGUGCAGGGUACAUCUACUUGUUUCCUUGGAGAUUGCCUGGACUGCUGGGGAAUUCUCAUAAGCUGUAUAAUAGAUUUAUAUAUACAGUCUAUGGGAAUUCUCCAGAUAAUGGCAUUAAACUCAUCUGUCUCCUAUUUCCAUGCAAGUUUCCAUACAUAUGUUCAUACAGUGAAGGUUAUAUCUGGGUUGGUCACUUAUUUGCAUUGGUGGAAUAUUUUAAGUAUCUCUACUUAAGUAAAUUUUAAUAUGGAUACUUUUUACUUUUACUUCACUUCAUUUGAGAGCAGGAAUUUGUACUUUCUACUCCACCACAUUUUUGAAAAGGACUGAAAAGUAAAAGUAUUUAUUGUUUGAGUCCUGCUGAAAAGGCUGAGUUUAUUUUUAACAUGUUCAUAAUUUGAGUAAACAAAAAUAUACAAAUGAGCAAUUCAAUUGCUUCUGUUAAACAAAAUUCAGCAUACAUUUUUAUCAAAAUCAAUACAUUUGAAGCCUUGUAAGACUUUUAAAAUACUUUUACUUUUUACUUGGUAAAUACAUUUUAAACAUGUAUUUUAAUACUUUUACUUAAGUUGAUUUUUUUCAUGUGAUAUUUAUACUUGAAUUUAUUUUUUUUUCUUCCAGUAUCUAUACUUUUAAUUCACUACAUUUGAGAGCAGGUAUCUGUACUUCCUAUUCCACUACAUUUUUGAACAGGACUGAAGAGUAAAAGUAUUUAUUGUUUGAGACCUGCUGAAAAGGCUGAGUUUAUUUUUAUCGCGUUCAUAAUUUAAUCAAACAAAAAAACUAACAAUAGAUUCAGUUGUUUCUAUUGAACAAAAUUCAGCACAAAUUUGUACCAAAAAUAAAACCAUUUGAAGCGUUAUUAAAUCUAAAAAUUGUAGCGAAAUACUUUUACUUUUUCUCUUUAAGUACAUUUUCAAACAGGUACUUUAAUACUUUUACUUAAAUAGAUUUUUUUUUUCAUGCGAUGCUUUUACUUUUUCUUUCAAGUAUCUGUACUUUUACUUGAGAAACUAAACUGAGAACUUCUUCCACCACUGGGAAAAAAAGAUAAUCCAAAUGAGCAGCUUCAUACUUGACAGCAUUGAUGUCUUAGAUUUUAAAUAAAACAUCACA